UGUUGCAGGACAUGUUUCAUUGUACGAACAUUCUGUCGAAAAUGAGCUCGAUUGUCGCUGUAUAGUUUAAAGCGCUUCCGAUUUGAUGAUUUUCACGGACGCGUUUGUAUUUUGUUUGUGUGUGUGUGUGAGACCGAGUUCUGCAGCACUUGCGAAGCAGCGUGAUUUUUAGUGAACAGGAUCCAAAGUGUUGAAGAGACUCUGCUUCUGAGGAAUCAAGCCCCGGUCCUGAACGCAUCACUCAGCGAGCCUUCCGUCCAGCUCAUCUGAACGCAUCAAAUACGACCCUACGCCGGUUUCAACAAAUCUGUUCCGCUUGCCCGGGUUCUUCUGGAUCUUGCCGUCAUGAAUGGGUUUAGCACGGAAGAGGACAGUCAUGACGGCCCGCCUGCCCCGCCGUUCUUCGGUCAGAGUUGCUGUCUGAUCGAGGACGGGGAGCGCUGCGGCCGUUCGGCUGGAAACGCCUCCUUCAGCAAGCGUAUUCAGAAGAGCAUUUCACAAAAGAAACUUAAGCUCGAUAUCGACAAAAGUGUUCGACAUUUAUACAUCUGUGACUUCCACAAGAACUUCAUUCAGAGUGUCCGCAAUAAACGCAAGAGAAAGACCAGUGAUGAUGGUGGUGAAUCACCUGAUCAUGACGUCGAAGUCCCUGAGGUGGAUCUGUUCCAGUUGCAGGUGAACACACUGAGACGUUACAAGAGGCACUACAAAAUCCCAACAAGACCUGGAUUGAACAAAGCCCAGCUAGCAGAGACUGUGAGCCGCCACUUCCGGAAUAUUCCUGUUAAUGAAAAGGAAACGCUCACAUACUUUAUUUAUAUGGUAAAGAGCAGUAAAAGCCGACUGGACCAGAAAUCAGAUGGAAGCAAACAGGUGGAAUAAGGUUCACACUACUCCAUUCACAGUGGUUCCUUGUAGACAUGUAUCUUAAAUUGACAAAAAGUAAAGGUGGACAUGCAGAUGAUCAAGUCCUUGUUGGAAUACAUAUUUAUAAGUCUGCACAAUGUGUCUGAUGUCAGGUCACACAUGUGAGUGGACAACUCGUGUCACUGGUGUGAAGUGCUUUUCAUUGUUUUAGUCUUGUAGUGAUUAGCUGCUUCAACAUUUGUGCCAAACCUGUCCAAAAGAAACAAAAAUACACCAUCUAUAAUUAAGAGAUAAGGGCACAAAAAACACAUUUUGUUUCAUGUUUUUCUAAUGUUUAAAGGGAUAGUUCACCCAAAAAUAAAAAUUCUGUCAUGAAUUACUCACUUUCUAGGUUUUUCUAAACCUGCAUAAAUUAGUUUGUACUGAUGAACACAGAGAAAGAUAUUUGGAAGAAUGUUUGAAACCAAACAGUUCUUGGUCACCAUUGACUACCAUAUUAUGACAAUGGCUGUCCAAAUGUUUGCUGUCCUACAUUCUUAAAAAUAUAAGAUUUUGUGUUCAACAGAACAAAACUAAGUAAUUUUUUCUACUAUGGUAGUCAUUGGGGCCAAGAACGGAUUGGUUAUAAGCAUUCUUCCAAAAAUCUUUCUCUGUGCUCAUCAGAACAAAGACAUUUAUACAGAUUUGGAACAACUCGAAGGUGAGUUAAUGAUGACUUAAUUUUUUUUGUUGGGGUAGCUGUCCCUUUAAAUAUCACAGUUAUCCAGUGAGGAUGAAAGCAUGAUAAUAACACUGAAUGACUUUUUGUGCUCAAAUGUGGUUACUUUUGUCGUCAAGUUAUACAAAUACUAGCCUCACAGCUGACAAAUACAAGCCUGCGCAUUUACUUGGAACUAAAAUAUUUUCUCAUAGUUUGUUUCAGCCUCUCUUGCUUUGUGUGAACAUUUGCAUUUUACAGACAGCUGUAUGGUUGCAAUAUAUAGCGUAUUUGUAGAUUUUGCUGUUAGUUUUCUUGUUUUAAUAUCUAAACAUUGUUUGUUUGUUUUUUUAAAGCUUUCUUUAUUUGAAAUAAUCAGACUAAAUACAGUUCUUGUGUCAACUAUUAUUUUCAUGAAUUAUUAAAAAAAAACAUUGCACAGUUGUUCAACUAUUAAACUCUUCUGGCCAUUUCACAUUAUCACUAGUGUAGUAAGCUGUGCCAGUUUAGAGAUAACUGAAACUACUAGUUAUAUUUCAAUAUGUCUGAUAUGAACAGAAAUUACAUAUCUAUAAUGUACAUUUUCUUGUAGUUGGAGACAGUCUAUUAUGACUAUUAGUUGAGCCACCUGCACAGCUUACCCUGAAGGAUCUGAAACACUUCACAAAUGCUUUCUUAUUUAAUUUAUGGCUAGCCAAACUAUUGACAUGAUUUUAUAUGUUGGCAAAUGUACCAAUAUGUAUGAUAAAUAUUUUUAGAUGUGAAUUAAAAUUGUUUGCUUUCACAUAA